UUAGGCAACAUGUUCAAGCUAAGCAUUGUGUUCGUCUUGAUUCCUGCGGUAGUUUUCGCCGUGAAUCCUGCUCCCUGUGUUUUCAACUCGGGCCCCCUUCCGGUACAAGUCCGAGUAGAAGGAUGUCCCGCUUCCGUUCCCCAGCAGCCGUGUAUUGUUUCGAUCGGAUCGCUGGUGGAAAGUGAGAUCGACGUGAUCCUGGAACGUCCAACCAGCACGCUGACCGCUUCACUGGACAUGUUUCUCGGAAACUUCCGCAUCCCGUGGAGCCUUCCGGAGAGUCAACAAAAUGCCUGUCCCGAUCUUAUGCAUGGAAUGACCUGUCCGCUGCAAGCUGGCCAAUUAGUAACCUACAAUCUGGUGACGGAAGUGUCAGCCCCCUUCGCCGACGUUACCAUCGACAUGGAACUGAUGCUCACCGAUGACCAGGGCCAGGCCGUAUUUUGCUACCGCUCCCAGUCUACCGUUGUUCAAGCUUAGGCCCGAACUUUUAUCAGAACAAUCAUUAA